AAUCGGAGAUCUUUACAUCUGUCACUGGUGUGUGUUGAAAGGAACUUUGGAUAAAGAACUGCAAUCGUCAAAGAAGGAGAACGUGUGAUACAGUGUACUUACUGCUGAGCUGGGUAUUUUUUGGGGCAGAACACUGAAGUUUUAAGACAUGGCUUCUGUCCUGGGUCGCCGUCUGGUUUGCUGUCUCCUUAACAUUUCUGAAGCUCGGGAGAAAGAUUUGGUAGAAAAGGUGGCACAGGCAGCCAUCACCUACCAAAAUGGAGGAAGACGAAAAGGUGCAACUGUCCUGAAUAUUUUCAAUGAUCAUGACUACAAUCGUUCUGUGCUUACUAUUGUGGCCAGUAUUGAGCUAAUAGCUGAGGUGGUUCUCUCAGCGUGUGAGCAGGCAUUCUCAUUGAUUGAUAUGAACAAGCAUGAAGGAAUUCACCCAUGCAUGGGAGCUGUAGAUCUCAUACCCUUCUACCCACUUGGAGAGGAAGUGGGUUUGGAAGACUGUGGGAGGGAAGCUAAAGCAUUAGCCACUGCACUGACUGAGAAAGUACCAGGUACUAGUGCAUUCUUCUUUGGCUGGGCUGAUGCCUCACUGCAUCGUCUUGGUUACAGGAGGAAAGAGAUGGGCUGGUUUCGAAAGGUUCCAAACAUGACCAACAUCCGUCCGGAUAUUGGGUCGCCACCCACAAGUCGAUUUGGACUCACAGGCAUCGGCGCAAGCCCUUAUGUGAUGAACUGCAACGUGACCAUCGAUACUCAAGAUUUAGCUUUAGGCCGGGAAGUUGCCUUGGCCAUCCGAGAGUCGAGUCCCGGCGGAAUUCCAGGAGUUCAGGUCUUAGCUCUACCUCAUGAAGGCACUGUAGAAAUUGCCUGCAAUGUUGAAAGUGUACCACAGGGUUCAGCUAUUGAAACAGAAUCAUGGCCUGUAUGUAGAAUCAGGAAUCAGAAUUUCUGCCAUGCUCCACCAUCGCUUAUUGCUGGUCGGAUUUCAGAACUGGCUGGAUGCCUGGGUGUAAGAACCAAAGGAACGGCAUUGGUUGGGUUUACACCGUUGGAGUGUAAGCAGUUGGCUGAGGAAGCGCUAUCUCAGGAUGUUGGAGAGUUCUGGAAAAAACGACAUAGUCUGAGAAUGUAAACAAGAAGCUUUUAAAACAGCCGAUCCACUUCAUACAACUUCAUUUCUAAAAGAUAAUGAUGUGUUGUUAGAGCAAUGACUAGCCGUUUAUGUGAGUUAAGCACCUACAAUGUGACAAAUGUCAGUGUUUUGGAGCAGCGGAGCAGGAAAAUUAUUUCCUUUUAAAAGGGCUGUAAGUUUUCAAUAAAUUUAUGCCUGAACAAUAAAA